AUGGACAAGAAACAAUCCACCUCUACAUUGACUAGUAUCCUUGCGGGAGGACUAGCAGGAGCUAGUGAGACUGUAGUCACUUACCCUGCUGAAUUCGUCAAAACCCGCCGUCAACUCGAAGUCUCCCGCCUAGGACUAAAAACACCAUCCUCACUUUCCAUCCUCCGGUCUACAAUCACAAACCAUGGCAUCAGCAAUAUCUACGCCGGUUGUCAAACCCUCGCUGCCUCCAAUGCCAUAAAAUCCGGUGUACGGUUUUUCUCCUUCGAGACUUCAAAACGAUACUUGGCUCGUCUAUCCAACGGCACCAAUACCACAAUAGUAAACGUCACAUCUGGGCUCUGUGCAGGAGUAACAGAAAGCGUCUUGGUCGUAACACCAGGAGAAAGUCUCAAGACCAGAGUAAUCCACGAUGCAUCUUCAGGAGGAAAUCUCGGUAAACAGUCUUUACCAAGGAUUGUUUCAGAGGUAGUGAGGAGGGAAGGAGUGUUGAGUUUGUGGAAAGGAUUGACGCCUGUACUUUGUAAACAAGCUACAAAUUCGGCAGUGAGGUUCGCGACGUUCAAUGCUAUUAGAGAUAGAUUGAGGGCUGCUUGGCCGGAGAAGAUGGCAGGGACGACGGCGACGUUGAUGGCAGGGGCUGGAAGUGGUGUGUUGACUGUGUAUGCGAGCAUGCCUUUCGACAAUAUCAAGACGAGGAUGCAGAGUAUAGGCAACAAGAACACUCGCAUGACGAGUUGCGCUAUUCACAUGGCAAAGACGGAAGGUGUGAGGGUGUUUUGGAGAGCCACGACUCCUCGAUUGGUCAGACUUACGCUGUCAAGCAGUAUCACCUUCAUGGUGUACGACUAUGCAGUGGGUAUUAUGAACAGAUUGACGGCGGAUAGGAACCAGUUGCAUGUUUCGAGUUCGAAGAUCAAGCUAUGA